UUGAAAGGUUUCAACUUUAAACCCCAUUAUCAUCGAUACACAAAGCUAAAAUCUUCCAAAGAUAAAACUCCUUCUUUGAUCUUUCUUUUAUGAGUUGCGAAUGAAAAUGGGAGGAUCGAAUUCGAGAUACCCAUCUCGUCGGAUUCUCCUUUGCUUCUUGAUUUCUUCUCAGUUUUGGGGAUUUUCAGUUCCCAAUUCGCUAUUUCAACACAAUAUCGAGGGUUUUAAAGAUCCUGGAGAUGGAAGAGAAGACGGUUUUCAUGAAGUUCAUUGUUCAAGAGAACGCAGCAGAGUUGCUUGGAAGAUCAUUCAAGAGUAUCUCAUGCCAUAUGUUGAAAAGGAGCAGUAUCAGUUACCGAGUAAUUGUAGAGUUUAUCGAGACUAUGACAUUUAUAGAGAACAAGAAGAGCACAAAUUGCAUUCAGAUAUAAACGAGUGGCGUUGUGGAUUCUGCAAAAAGGCUUUUUAUGAAGAGAAAUAUCUCGAUAUGCAUUUCGAUUCACGCCAUCACGAUAUGCUUAAUGCGAGUCAUGGUAAAUGUCUGGCUGAUCUUUGUGGAGCGUUGCAUUGUGAUCUUGUUGUAGAUACGUCUCGGCUUAAGUCUAAGUGUAAUCCUGCAGCUGCUGCAAGAAACAGGCACUUAUGUGAGAGUUUGGCUAAUACUUGUUUUCCGGUAAACAAUGGUCCAUCAGCCAACCGUCUUCACGAGUUCUUCUUGCGCCAGUUCUCCGAUGCACAUACUUGUUCAGGAGGUUCAAGGCCUUUAUCGAAAAAACCAAAGAAGAGGAGUAUGCUCUACAUUAUUAUCUCCAGCAUCACUUUGAUUUUGCUUCUUCUUUAUUACACGUUUGUCUACUUGUGCCAAAGAGGAUUAAAGAGUGGAUCUCAAGAACUGAGGCGUAUUAGACGCAAUGGUCUUAGGAAGAAACCCUCAUAAAGUUUAUCAUCAAGAGAUGCUAAGUUGAUGUUGGUUGGAACAACUUGUAGCUUUGCGCACCUUAUCAUCAUCAGCUUUUUCAGCUUAUGUAGACAGUAUAUUUCUAAUGGAAGAAGGAAGCUCCACCAAACUUGUGCAAGACGUAAGUGGCAAUGUCUAGUAGCCUUGGAAAGAUCUGGGAUCUCUAUCAAAUUAUUGGAAUAACCCAAAUCGAGUAUAUGCAUAUUUUUUUCACUUUUUCAUCUAAGGCAUCUCCAAGAGAGAUUUCAUUUUUGAAGAUCCAGAAACUUCAAAUUAGAAAUUUUAGCUGUUUCUCUCCAAGAGUGACACUUCAAAA